AGAAGAAGAAGAAGAAGCUCCUGCGUGCAGUUAGCAAGAGGAUAAUAAAUAAACUGUAUAAAAGCAGCUCGGACUCUGUCUGAAUGCCAAAACCUGAGAGCUGCAGACAUGUCAGCUGAUACCAAGAUAGCUGAGCUGCUCACGGAGCUCCAUCAGCUCAUCAAACAGACCCAGGAGGAGAGGUCGCGCAGUGAACACAAUUUGCUGAACAUUCAGAAAACUCAUGAGAGAAUGCAGACAGAGAACAAAACGUCUCCAUACUACCGGACCAAGCUGAGAGGACUGUACACCACAGCCAAAGCAGAUGCUGAGGCAGAGUGUAGCAUCCUGCGACACGCUCUCGAUAAAAUUGCAGAGAUCAAGUCUUUGUUGGAGGAAAGGAGGAUAGCUGCUAAGAUGGCCGGCGUUUACAGCGACAGCGAUCCUCCCAGGAAGACGAUGCGUCGCGGCGUCCUGAUGACGCUCCUCCAGCAGUCGGCCAUGACGCUCCCUCUGUGGAUCGGGAAACCGGGCGAGAGCCCCCCCCCUCUGUGCGGAGCGACCCCAGCCAGCAGCGACUACGUGGCCAAGCAGGGCGACAAGGUGGCGGCGAGGGUGAAAGCUGUGGAUGGAGACGAGCAGUGGAUCCUGGCCGAGGUGGUCAGCUACAACCACUCCACCAACAAAUAUGAAGUGGACGACAUUGAUGAAGAAGGCAAAGAGAGACACACUCUGAGCAGACGGCGGAUCAUCCCACUGCCUCAGUGGAAGGCCAACCCAGAGACGGACCCCGAGGCCCUGUUCAGUAAGGACCAGCUGGUGCUGGCUCUCUACCCUCAGACCACCUGCUUCUACCGGGCCCUGAUCCAUACCCCUCCACACAGGCCUCAAGAUGACUACUCUGUGCUGUUUGAGGACACAUCGUACUUGGACGGUUACUCUCCGCCGCUCAACGUGGCCCAGCGCUACGUGGUCGCCUGCAAGGAGAACAAGAAGAAGUGAGCCCAGGCUGACGACCACGCCUGUUCUGGGAGCAUUAUCCUGUCUUAAAAUAGCAAAAAGAUGUUCAGAAUUAUUUGUCAAAUCUGAGAACAGGCACAGGUCUGCUCUCCAACUCUGAUCAGAUCAUAAUUUGUAUUGAUAGAUGGUGAAAUUACCUGUUGCCAAGGUGAUAAUCUGAAUCUGUGCACUACGAAUCAAGCACAAAAAACCCUGAGCAUACUUUCUUCACUCCUGAACAUCUUUGAAAUGAGACUGUAUUUGUCAAAUCACCAUGGAGACACAGAGGAGCAGCAUCUAGUGACUGUUACAGGAACUGCAGCCGAACUGAAGGUUGUUUUGUUAUUCUGCCUUGAAAAGGACAAUAUGAGGGCCUAAACUGUAUUUUUGUAUGUCAAGUGUUAAUGAAUGAUGUGUAAUACAUUCAUCUGUGAUGACAGCUGUGUAUGUAAAGACCACAAUGAACAUUUUGUUUGA